AUGGCGGUCCCAACGUCCAACACUUCUGCCGUACCUACAACGCUCUCGCCUAUCCCUACCGCCCAACCAACAACAACUACGGCGGUGCCGGUUCCAACCGCUACCAUUCCCUCUGUUGUACCUACCACAACUGGCCUUCCCUCCCCCACGUCGAACCCAUACCCCAUCUCGCCCGACCCAGCCCAGCCUACGACGACAUCAAAAGGCGGCGGAGGGAAACCUACCACUACAAGAAAAGGGACUGGAGCUAGCACUACCUCCAGCGGCCCUGCACCCACUACUACCCCAGAAAAUGGCGGAGAUAACAGCGGCGGCGACAAAAGCAGCAAGCCCUCCGUUCUCGCACCUGUGAUUGGAAGCAUUGCUGCUGUGCUUGUUCUCGCCUUCAUUGUUGGGGUGUUCGUGAUGCGGUACAAGAAGAAGAGCAGAGCACGCAAGAGACGUCUAGAGUUCUUGGAAGAUCACACCGGGACCGGUACUACCACUGCUCUCGGUGGUGCCGGCGCUGGUGCUGGUGCCGCUGCCGCUGCUGCUUCAUCUCAGCAUCCGACUUCCGCUCAGAAUACUGGCCGUCCCUCCACCUCUGGCGGAACCCGUCCAUUAGAGAUGGCUGCUGUGGGAGGAGGAGCCGUCGCCGCAAACCAGCUCCACAACGAGGGAUACGACUAUCAGCAGGGUUAUCAGCAGGUGCCCUAUGGCGGAUACCAAGACCAGUACGAUCAGUAUGACCCAUAUUAUGCGCAACGUCAGCAACAGGCUCAGGGAUACUAUGCAGACCAGCAACAAGGAUAUUACCCUGAACAGCAGCAGGCAUACCAGAACCAAUUUGGACCCCCAAUUCCCCUUCAUAACGGCGGCCAGGGAACAGGAUCACCCUCAAUGACCCAUGCCACCGCUUCCCCCAAAUCAUAUCCACAGCCUCCACCCUCGACCACGACGGGCGGCUAUUCGUCUCCUCGCACGCCUCAACAGUCGGCAGUCCCUGUUCCUGUUCCUGGUGAUGGGCAUUUGUACGAUAGGAACGCAAAGGUUGAGAGUGAAUACGCUGGCGCCCACUCCGCUGGCAGGAAUCCACAAUUAGUUCCCGAGAAUGAGGAUCGUAUCAAGGUGCCUCUUUGA